AUGUCCGGCUACGGCCAGAUCACCCACAUAAACCCCGGAACCAACCUUCUUCCUUACAAUAACCGCUUCAACGUCCACGCCGGCAUCAUGAGCGACGAUGAUGACGAUGUUCAAAUGGACUAUGAUGAGGACUUCGACCCCGGCGCAUUGAGUGAUGCCGAAAGCGAGGACAUGUAUGAGCGUCCUAUCGACGCGAAUGCCGGUGUUCAAGCUCAGUCCGACGAAGAUUUCCAUGACCUCGAUGCCGACGGUUCUCUCUUCGUCUCACCUGAAGACCCUUACCAGCAGCCAGAAACGCACGCUAGCCUGGCUGGGCAGAUUGCCUUUGGUAGGCAGCCUACCAAGAGCAGGCGGGCUGUGACUACCAACCUGGAUGUGAUUGACAAGACCAUCUUCGACCUCAAGGCCAGUGGCUUCGGAGAUAAGCACAUCGCUGGAGUCAUCGAGCAUACCUUCAAUCUCAAGUACGAUGCGAAGUCCAUCGUGACGCGUUAUCGUCGCAUCUGCCAAGUCAAAAUGAACGAGAAGGACCGCCAACUCGAGAACUACCAGGCAUUCUGGACAUCUGAGGAAGACGAGGCCAUGCUGGCUGCCUACCACGCCGCUCAGUUGAAAGUUGAGGCCGAAGUUGAAGCUAUUCGUGCGCGUGUCUUCCACAAGACAGCCACCGAGCUCCACAGGACCAUGCCUUCCGCAUUCUACUCUCCCGCGGCCUGCGAACAGCGCUUCGAGCAGCUCAAGAACGGAGCCGUUGCUCCCGUUGAUCUCAACGAACUUCCCACAGAGGAACGUGCUGCCGAGGCCGCCCUCCGCCUAGAGAGGAUCAACCUCAAGGGUGUCAUUCUUCAACAGAAGAGAGAUUACAAGGCACAGUCGGAAAUCAUCAAGGAGCUGACCGUCGCCCAUAAGGCACAUAAGGCAAACAUGGCUACCACCCAGAACACCAUCAAGAAGACCACCAAGAAGAAAAAGGGAAAGAAGUGA